AUGCGUGGCGCGACUACCAGCCAGUGUUUCUACAGUCGUGAUUCGCACGCAUCGGCAACCGACUAUGUUGAGUUUUCUGGCGGCAAAGAGGAGGACAAGCAGAUCAAUCAACGCUACAUAUGUGCCCGAUACCCAUUCGUGGAGGAAGGCGAAUUCGUUAUGAGUGCUUCACGACCGCUUGUUAUUACUCAUGUAAGCAGCGGUGAUCCGAAAAACCGCGGUAUACUCAUGGAGUACUCGACGAUCAACGUUGGUUGCGGAGGUGUUUUCUCGCAGUCAAGCGGUACUAUCAGCUCUCCGAACUAUCCAGAUAAAUACCUGCCUCAUAUGCAUUGUGUAUAUCAAAUCCAAGUACCUUGGUCAAAGCAAGUCCGACUCACGUUUGACAAUUUCGACAUCGAAGUGGUACAGAACGAUGAGUGCUCCUACGAUAACGUCGCUGUUUACGAGUCCUACGUCAGUCCGAGCGAACACGGUAAACUACUGGGAAAGUUCUGCGGCACCAUGCUUCCUCCCACACUCCUGUCGAGCUCCUAUAAAAUGGCCAUUGUCUUCAGUUCUGAUCGUUCGAUAGCUGGGAACGGUUUUUCUGCAAGAUUCGAAGGGGUCGAUUCUACUGUUGAUUGUGAUCGUACAUUCACGGCACCAGGCGGAGAGAUCGUGUUCGACGGUAAAGGCGGACGCUAUUCGCAAUGCGAUUUCCACAUUUCUGUAAGUGAUACCAGAUUUGGAAGAAAUUCCUUGAACAACGGUUGA